AUUCUAGACAAUCUGCACUGUUGCAUGGAGAAUCCUAUAUCUGUAACACUGAAGCGUGUAGAACCUUCACACAGCGGAUUCUAGAACCUCAUCUGAAUGAUGUGACUUAAACCUUCACCUGGAGAUGCACAUUGCCUACACAUCUAUAUAGAGCAUGGCUCAAGUGAAAGUGCAGACCUCAGCACACGCUGUGCCCUCCAUCAACGGAACGGUGCCCACAGUCCCACCAGCUCCUCCCCAGGAUAACAUGGCAAACCCUAAAGAGAAAACUCCAAUGUGUCUGGUGAAUGAGUUAGCCCGUUUCAACCGGAUCCAGCCGCAGUACAAACUGCUGAACGAGCGGGGGCCUGCUCACGCCAAGAUCUUCACUGUACAGUUAUGUUUAGGUGAGCAGGUGUGGGAAGCUGAAGGCUCCAGCAUUAAGAAAGCUCAACACUCAACAGCCAAUAAAGCGCUGGCAGAGAGCUUGCUGCCCCGCCCCCCGCCACGCAUCACUAAACCAGACACACACACCAAUCCAGGCAGCAUCACCCCCACCGUGGAGCUGAAUGGAUUGGCGAUGAAGCGAGGAGAACCGGCUGUCUACAGGCCGCUGGAACCCAAACCCCUCCAUAACUACAGGGCCAACUACAACUUCAGAGGAAUAUUCAAUCAGAGGUAUCACUAUCCGGUCCCCAAGGUGUUCUACGUGCAGCUGACGGUAGGCAGUAACGAGUUUAUUGGCGAGGGUCGAACUCGCCAAGCGGCUCGGCACAACGCAGCCAUGAAAGCUUUGCAGGCGCUUAGGAAUGAACCCAUUCCAGAAAAGCAACCUCAGAGUCUGGAGGAGAAAAAAAGUUCAGAGGAGGACAGCGACGCAAACAAAUCUGAAAUCAGCCUUGUGUAUGAGAUCGCACUGAAGAGGAACCUGCCUGUGAACUUUGAGGUGCUGAAGGAGAGCGGCCCGCCCCACAUGAAGAGCUUCCUGACCCGCGUGACGGUGGGCGAGUUCUCUGCUGAGGGUGAGGGCAACAGCAAGAAGCUGUCGAAGAAGCGUGCGGCUUUCUCCAUCCUGCAGGAGCUGAAGAAGCUGCCCUUCAUCCCUGUAGUGGAGAAGCCCAAAGUGCACUAUAAGAAACGGCCCAAGACCAUACUGAAGAUCUCCUCACAGGCAGGGCCGGAGUAUGGUCAGGGCAUGAACCCCAUCAGCCGACUCGCUCAGAUCCAGCAAGCUAAACGAGAGAAAGAGCCCGAAUACACGCUGCUGUCCGAGAGAGGCCUGCCACGCCGCCGUGAAUUCAUCAUGCAGGUGAAGGUGGCUGAUGAGGUGACCUCAGGAACAGGGUCAAAUAAAAAAGUGGCUAAACGUGCAGCUGCAGAGGCGAUGCUGCUCCAUCUGGGAUACAAAGCCUCCACGCCUAUUCAGAACACACAGGAGAAGCCACAUAUGGACAACAAAAGCUGGAAUGGACAAAGAGCCACUUUCCCUGAAGCCAGCACUAACACGCAGAAAGGAAUCCUCCACCUCUCUCCGGAUGUGUAUCAGGAGAUGGAGGCCAGCAGGAAUAAAGCUGGCACUGUCCCCUCCGUCACCCCAAUGGCCCCUGUGACCUCUGUGACCUUUAUGAACCCUAAAGAAGUGAGCCAGGCGCCGUUUUACAACAACAGCGCCUCAAAGACAGCCGCCAUCGCGCGGGAGCUGCUGAGCAAAACGCCAAAAACAUCUCCCACAAUCCCCUGCAGCUCCGUUCAGCCAUCGCAGCAGCUUGAGUACCUCGCUCACAUUCAGGGCUUCCAGGUGCAGUAUACGGACAGACAGACGGACAAUGAGUUUGUGACGUAUCUCACUCUCUCGCCCGUUCAGAUGACGUUCCACGGCAUUGGGAGCUCCAUACAGGCCAGCCAUGACCAGGCGGCUCUGAGUGCCUUGAAGCAGCUUUCGGAACAGGGACUUGACCCGGUGGACGGAGGAGUCAAGGUGGAGAAUGGAUCCUGUGAAAUAUCGGUGAAGCAUCCAGAUGGGAAACAGACUAACUCAGGCCCUCAGGACUGCGCAGAUCCGAACGCUGUCGUGUAGAAGACGAGUCUUCACGGACGCCGCCGGACCUCUCGGAACAUCGACACGCAAUAGGGUGGAUGUGUCUCAACAACAUGACGUAGAACAACACACGCUCGCUCUCAGUCUAUGUGAAGACAACACUAUCUUAACCUUUAGUUAUUAUCGAAAAUUUAACUUGCUAACAGAUGUAUUUAAAAAAAAAAAAAACACAAAACACAAAAACUAAAAAAACAAAACGGAAAACCCGAAUCAAAAAAAAAAAAAGAAGAAGAACUAAUGUGAUGAUGAGUUAAUGCAUGGAACUGUGUUGACUUUAAGGGAAAUCUAAGUAUUAUGCAUUUCCCUGAUCGAUAGAUGUAUUUUUAUUUUUUAUUUUUAUUUUUUAUUUCAGUCUCUUAUGGAUUAAGCAGGAGUGUAUCAUGCCAUGGAAUUAAAAGAAACCGUAUAAGCAGAGUUCUGUACGGGGGGAGGGGGAGGGGUUUAACGUACGUUAUUUCCUUUCUUAAUAGCAGUGCUCGAGUGCGUGAAGAUUAACAGACGAUGGCAGUGCUGUAAAAGUUGUAGUUGUUGUCUUCAUAUAUAAUCACCCAGCUUAGCGUUUAUGCCGAUGUUCAUGUAUCUGUACGGAUGUGUACGAGUAUCACGCGGAGGAGGAGAAGGACGAAAAAAAUCAAAAAAAAGGCGGAAAAAAAAUCUAACGGCGGAGACGGAAUUAGCCGAGACGUCGACGAGGAUGUGGUCUGUGUUGUUGUAAAUAAAGCAAGUCCACUAGA